AUGUCCCCCAUCAGCCCCACCGCAUUCCAAAACACCCUCCAAGCAGCAACAACCCAGCAAAUCCACACCUACACAACCAUCACCUCAAUAACAAUACGCUGGGAAAAAGACGACACAAAAGCCCACAAAGUGACCCCAUAUUUUAAAAACAUCCUCCAAACCCUAAACCUCCCACCAGCCAUCGAGCACAUCAUCCGCCACAGCCACAGCCACCCAAACCCCAAUAUCCCAUUCCAAAAAGCCAUUCAUGAUAUCCUCGCCAAAUCCAAACCCAGAACCAAAAAUGACCAUAACCUAUUGAUAGUUCACUACGCAGGACACGCUUUUACUAAAAACGGACAACUUACCUUCGCAGAAACCGCUACCGCUACUUCCGAGAAGACUGUCAACGCAGACACCUAUCUGCUGAAAGAUGUCAGAGCAGUCCAUCUAGACACACUACUCAUUCUCGACUAUUGCUACAUCGGGAAUAUACCAACUCGGGCCGCAACCAUCACAAACAGGGUAGUGGAGAUCCUCGCAGCAACCAGCACACAAACACCCCGAAACAGGAUCUCAUCCGAGAAUACAUUCACCGCUAAGCUCGCAGAGGAAAUCGAUCGCAGACAGCGGAGCGGGCACACAUAUAUAGAAUUUCCUGAUGUUUUCCAAACCUUAAAGUCCCAUGGAGAGAGGGAUAAACUCCGUCCUACACAUGCGUUGCUGGUUGGUGUUGGGUCGGUUGUUUUGCCGCUUAGUGGGUCUGGGACUGUUGAUCCUGGUAGUAUUGCACCGGUGUGCACGGUGCUGUUUAGUGUGAGUGUUACGGAGGGGUUGACUAAAGAGGAAAUGAGGGACUUGAGGGCGUUGAUGAGGAAACUUCCUUGCUAUGCGGGUCUGGAGCUUGAUAGGGUAUAUCCUGGUAAGGCGAUGUGCUUGGUCUUGCGUUCGGCGUUGUCGGUUUAUACCAAGCUGCAUAGGGUGCAGGGGUAUUCGUUGAUUGCGGAGGGUGUUGGUGCGCCGAUUGAAAUUGAUUGUUUGGUGUGAUUUGUGUCUUUGGGGCAUAUUUCCUUGAAAAACGGAUGACAAGAGAUUGAAUUGGACUUGUGCGUCAACUAGUAAUGACGAAAUGAGAUGAUGUUUAACUUUUAGAUGAAGACAAGCUAUGAUAUCUUCAUGGAUUAUGAGUAAUUCAACGUGCCGGUUAUAAGAACGAGUCAAAUUAGAUUAAGACUAUUGAAGGGUGUCAUGAUAGGAGGCAGUAACUAUACCAGCAUAAUAUAAGGCCUCAUGAUUCUUCAUUCAUCUGAACAGUUCAGUU